AAAAAUAAAGGAGUUCUAGUACAUUAGGAAACAAACAAAAAGGGUAUGCAAGUAAUUUUACCUAUCUGGCGCCUUACUAGUUCUCAUCUGCCACCACAGAGUUGUCUCUCUUUCGCCAGAACCCUACAGAAGCCUCUGUUUCUAUCUCUGCCGUCAAAAAUGGCGGCCACUGCUGCGAACACCUCCAUCUCCAAGCCCUCUCCUCUCUUCCCCUCCAAAUUCUCAAAACCCAUUUCUAGGUUUACCCUCCCAUUCUCCAAUAACCCCCAAAAACCCACUCUCCACCGUCCUCUCCAUAUCUCCAAUGUCCUGUCCAACCCCAAAACCGCCACCACCUCCACCCCUGAAAGCCUCCCCGGAACCUUCAUUUCCCGUUUCGCCGCUGACGAACCCAGAAAGGGCUCCGACGUCCUCGUCGAAGCCCUCGAGCGCGAAGGCGUCACCUCAGUCUUCGCCUACCCCGGCGGCGCGUCAACGGAGAUCCACCAGGCCCUCACGCGCUCCACCACCAUCCGAAACGUCCUUCCGCGGCACGAACAGGGUGGCGUCUUCGCCGCGGAGGGCUACGCACGCGCCUCCGGCCGGCCGGGCGUCUGCAUCGCCACUUCGGGACCCGGCGCCACCAAUCUGGUGAGCGGACUCGCCGACGCGCUGCUCGACAGCAUCCCAUUAGUCGCCAUUACCGGGCAAGUCCCGAGAAGAAUGAUAGGCACUGACGCAUUUCAGGAAACCCCAAUUGUAGAGGUAACUCGCUCGAUCACCAAGCAUAAUUACCUUGUUCUAGAUGUAGAAGACAUUCCUAAAAUUGUGCGUGAAGCUUUCUUUCUUGCAUCUUCGGGCAGACCUGGUCCUGUGUUGAUUGAUAUUCCAAAAGAUAUACAGCAACAGUUGGUUGUUCCAAAUUGGGAUCAACCCAUUAAAUUACCUGGUUACAUGUCAAGAUUGCCAAAACUACCCAAUGUGGACCAAUUAAAACAGAUUGUUAGGUUGAUAUCGGAGUCGAAAAGACCUGUUUUGUAUGUGGGUGGUGGGUGUGUGAAUUCCAGUGAGGAGUUGAGGCAAUUUGUGGAGCUUACUGGCAUUCCAGUGGCUAGCACUUUGAUGGGUCUAGGGGCGUACCCGUGUUCGGAUGAGCUUUCCCUGCAAAUGCUUGGAAUGCAUGGUACUGUUUAUGCUAAUUAUGCUGUGGACAAAAGUGAUUUGUUGCUUGCAUUUGGAGUAAGGUUUGAUGACCGUGUGACCGGAAAGCUUGAAGCUUUUGCCAGCCGUGCUAAAAUUGUUCAUAUUGAUAUAGAUUCAGCUGAGAUAGGGAAGAAUAAGCAACCCCAUGUGUCGGUUUGUGCAGAUGUGAAGUAUGCAUUGGACGGUCUGAACAUGAUAUUGGAGAGGAAAGGAGGUCAGGGUAAGCUUGAUUUUUCAGCUUGGAGGCAGGAGCUAAACGAGCAGAAAAUGAAGUACCCAUUGAGUUUUAAGACAUUUGGAGAGGUUAUUCCUCCUCAAUAUGCAAUUCAGGUUCUUGAUGAGUUGACCAAGGGGAAUGCCAUUAUAAGUACUGGUGUUGGGCAGCAUCAAAUGUGGGCUGCGCAAUUUUACAAGUAUAAUAGGCCUCGGCAGUGGCUGACUUCGGGUGGAUUGGGGGCUAUGGGUUUUGGAUUGCCUGCUGCAAUCGGAGCUGCUGUUGCAAGACCUGAUGCGGUUGUUGUGGACAUCGAUGGUGAUGGAAGUUUCAUCAUGAAUGUCCAGGAGUUGGCGACAAUCAGGGUGGAGAAUCUUCCGGUAAAGAUAAUGAUGCUGAAUAAUCAGCAUUUGGGUAUGGUUGUUCAAUGGGAGGAUCGGUUCUAUAAGGCUAACAGAGCCCACACGUAUCUGGGUAACCCAUCAAAAGAGUCCGAGAUAUUCCCAAAUAUGUUGAAGUUUGCAGAAGCUUGUGAUAUACCUGCUGCCCGUGUGACGAAGAAAGGAGAUCUUAGGGCUGCAAUUCAGAAAAUGUUGGAUACCCCUGGUCCAUACUUACUGGAUGUGGUUGUACCUCAUCAGGAGCAUGUCCUGCCUAUGAUCCCCAGUGGUGGAGCCUUCCAAGAUGUGAUCACCGAAGGUGAUGGGAGAUCAACCUAUUGAUCUUCUGUAGUGAUGGAGCUAGUUUCAGAUGUUUGGCUGGUCACUGCUACAUCAAUGCUGCGGAUCUUAAGUUGUUUAUGGUUCGGGAAUUGCAUUCAAGUUGGUUCGUGGUUGAUAUCUGAUGCGGUGUUUCUCUACCUCAGUUUAUUAUGUGGUGUUGAAUUGCAUAUGAUGCCAGGUUAAAAGGUAUUAUUUCCAUCUAUACUAUUUUGGAAUAACUUUGUUAGUAAACGUGUUUUUUACAACUCUCUUCUCUCAUAAUCGAUACUUUUUGGUUAGUAUUUGAGUAAUGUGUUUUUCUUGUAUGUAGCUGAGGUUUAUAUAUAAAGUGUCUGAAAUUUUGGGUGCUUGUGCUGGUGAUGCCCACUAAUGUUGUGUUGAUGUGGAUAUACUGGUGGUAAAUUUUAUAGGUAUUCUCCAUUUUGUUCUAUAUUUUGUUCUUGUAAGACUAGUUAUGAUGGCAUUGCACUCAUAUUUGUAAACUGUGAAUCUUUUAUUUGAAAAUAAUUCAUUAUGCUAUUCUAUAUAA